CCGAGCGAGUUGAAUCCGGCUUGGCGGAGGAGGAAGGCGAGUCGCGCAAUAACCGGACGGUGCAGAAAGACGGCCGGGCGGUGGUGGUGCGCGUGAUCACGCGGCGGUUUCUGAGCGGAGAGCCGAGGGCGAGCUGCAGCCGCGCGGGCCGGGAGCGACCGCGAAGCACGGCCGUCCACGUGCGUGAACGUGUGCAGGGAGAGAGAGAGAGAGAGCGGCGAGCGAACGAGCGGGCGUCCCUCGCGCCAAGGCGGCGAGCGGCGGAGGAUCGAUCAUCGAUCGAAAUAAACGGGAGCGGGCGUCCGUGAUACGCGACCGUCGCCGUUCGGGCGUCGCUUUUUCCAAGCCGGGCUUCCUCGAGCCCCCGAGUUCGGGAUCGCGAUCACUCGCCCGCGGGAGACAAGAUGUCGGUGGACGCGCUCAGCGACUCCGAGCUGCGGACCAAGCUGAUGGAGUACGGGUACCCGGUGGGACCGGUCACGCAGACCACCCGCAAGAUACUCGCCAAGAAGCUCAAGAACCUGAUGGAGGCCCGCGCCGGAGGUGCAGGAGGAGGCGGAGGGUCCCGGCAUUCGUUGGCCGCGAGAUAUAGCAGCGACGACACAGACGACGACACGAACACGAGUGUCGUUAAGAAGAAGAAGAGCGCGAACCUGCGCCGGCAAACGUUGGCGAACCCCAUGCCGCCGCCCACGAUUAUUCCCGCGGAUGCUGCGAGCGUGGCGAAAAAUCCGGUCAAGGAGACUCCGUCGCCGCCGCACUCCGAGUUCAAAGACCCUAACGCGACGAAUUUCGACAACUCGGGCGUGACUCGAAUGACUACCAAGACCACGCAGAGCAAGUUCACCAAGACGCAGCGAACUUACGUGUCCGACGGCCUGGAAACUGGAUCGGAUUCGGAUGUCGUGGAGGAUACCGGCGGCUCGUACGGACGUUCGUACGACAAGUACAUGUCCGGCGGCUCGAGCAGACUGUACGACUCCCGAAUAUACGAUCGCGGGACUCACGACUACGAUCAGAUGGCGAAGGCCAAGCCCGCUUACGCGAUGAAGGACAGCAAGUACAAUGUGUCUCCUCUGCUGAAGCCGGGCGUACCUUUGAAUCAGUCCGUGAAGGAGGACAGUGCGAUCCAGAGGGAUCUUCUUGCAAACUAUGAAUCCCCAUUUUUGUCAGAGUUUACCAGAAGACUCAGCUCGCGUUCUUUGAUAAACACAAGCACGUCGCCAUCCACGUUGUCGGGUUUAAAAAGUCCUACAUUACGUCAUAAUCUGGCGUCUGGUUUACCAGAGGUGAAAGAGAGAGAUUCGAAUGGUCACUUUUCUUCCUUAAGGAGCAUGUACUCGGCAUCGAAUCAGCCAAGCUCGAGAUACAGCCCAUCGUCCGCCGACAGAGUACGGGAUAUUUUCAGUAGAGCGACUUACAAAUCGCCGACGACGAACGCAAACAGGGAGGACGUGCGAAAUAAUCAGAACAUCGUGUCGAUGGGCCUCGUGGCAGUACUCGCCCUAUUCUUUGUAGUCAUUGCAAUAAUAUAUCUGGGACUUGGUGGAAAAAACGAGACGUUUCCAUCGCUUUCAUCGGAUACCAACAUACCGCAGUGUAAUUUUCUCGAUGAAGCUCCCGAUCGCAAAAAGCCCUGGUCGAAUUGCAUAAUGAAGGAAAAUGUAGAAUCUGUGUUGCAACUGGUGAAACGCCUGCAUCCCAUCCUAACGAGAAAGGCGAUAUCUAAAAUAUGCGACAAUUCGAUCGAGAAACCGUAUUUGACCGAUGCGGAUAUCGUGGAGAUGUUUGCGACCGGCAAAGUGACGAGGUUCGAGGUGCAGGAGGACGUGCACGGCGCGCAAUUAUUAAUUCUUAAGAAUCCGAAAUGGGGUAUCUCGCUUAUCGAUAUAAAUGACGAUAACGAAGCAACCACGGAAACACUGGAUACUGAACAAAAGUUGUAUUACGCCCGUAAGGAUGGAAAAGUUGGGAUGGUGAUUUUAAAUCCUGAACUGCCAAUGCAGUGCCUCGUUAAGAACAAACUUUUUACCGUCUUUUCUUCUCUCCUUAUAGUCGCAAUCGUCUUAUUAACAGGUAUUGGAAUUUAUAAAUCGUACCUUUGGUAUCUAAGAUACAAGAAAAGUACGGAGCGAGAGGUGUUUAAGCUCGUUAGCGAUAUCAUAAGUAUCGUCGAGACACACCAUCAAAAUGCGUCCACGCAACCCGGCGCGCAGGAAAGUUUCCUUGCCAUAAAUCACGUGCGAGACAAUCUUAUUCCGCCGAAAGAUCGCAAAAAGAUGACCGGCCUUUGGGAGAGGGCAGUCAAGUUUUUAGAUGAAAACGAGUCCAGGAUUCGAAGAGAGGUACAGCAAGUGGCAGGCGAGGAGUUUCAUGUAUGGCGAUGGUUGCCGAAUAAUAGUUUGAACAAAUCUCCCACGCAGAUCACGAGUUUGGGUAAGAAGCCGAAGGUCUGGCAGGGACAAGCGUUCGAGACGAUGGAGGGAUCAGUUAAUAGCUUGACUUGUUCGCCAACGCCUUGUCUGAAGAUCAGGCAUAUGUUCGAUCCAGAUGUCGAAACCGAAGACGACUGGGAGACGAGAGUGCAGGAUGCUAUUUUAGAAAAGUGCGGGGACGGCGUGAAGAUACUUCAUAUUCGAGUGGACAUCGGUAGCCGCGAGGGUUGCGUUUACAUGAAGUGCAUGUCGCAGGAAGACGCUGGCAAGGCUUACAGGGCAUUACAUGGUUGUUGGUUUGACGGUAAUUUAGUGACUGUGAAGUACCUGAGAUUAGAGCGUUAUCACGAGCGAUUUCCGGACGCCGCCCGCUGCGUGACGCCUCUCAAGCCGAGUAACAAUCAACGAUUGUCCAUGCAGGCGCACUACUGGCAGAGCCCGGCGGAGGCGAAUUGAAAGUUUCCACACACAUUUCCAUUUCGGACAUUCAGAGGAGAGCGCGAGCUCUCGCGUUUCAAAUCAUGCGCAAUUGUCCCGCCUGAAACUCACUUACGGAAUCUGUCUGUCUUUUAUUUAUUCCGUGACGACAUAGCUGCGCGGCGCAAAUACAUGUCGUAGGAUCGACGGCACUUCUAUUUUAUAAGAGCCUUUUCUUUUAAAUUCGCAAAAUUGUGUAUUAUAUUCUACUUUAUACCUUUCAAUGAACGAGACGGAGGAGAUACGUGUUUUUAAUAGUUGAGUAACCAUGAUAAUUAUAAUAAUAUUAAUAACAGCACACACAUACACGAUAACAUUAAUAUAUAAUUAAGUAUGCUUUUCAAGAGCUGUAAAAAAAAUAUUUUAAUCUGAGUUUUCUAGUAUUUUCAAGUAGCAAUAUACGUGCGUAAGCAUAACGUACAUCGCAUUCUCUGUAGGCCUAUCCAGUACUAAUUCGUAUCAGCUGUAUGAAGCACAGUGUAUGUACGCACAGAAAUCGAAACAGUCGUACAUUUAAUAUACGGAACGCGACAGAGUACCAGCUCCUUAUGUAUUAGACUCGCGACGCGUAAUUUCUCUGUGCGUACGGUUACGCCGUCAUUGAAAUAAACUAUCGAUUUAAUUACUUAAGUUUAAUAAUUUUUUUUAUAACUGCAUAAGAGAGUUAUUUUUUACGAUGUAUGAUAAAAAUGUACAGUGAAAUACGAUUAAAUCACUUUGUAAAAAGAGA